AUGUCAUCAAGAGGACUUCCAUUGAACGAUAUUCCACGGCACCUUAGACGAUUCCAGAAAUGCUCUAUUCACAAUCUUCGCAAGGACACUGGUCUCAAAUUCUUGGACACUGCGGAGCCACUCCCAGUAUCAGAAUUCGUGACAAGGAGGAACAGGUUAGCCGAAGCUUUGCAUGAAGAUGGUCUCGAGGCUUUCAUGGUAGAGCCAGGUUAUACAUUCGAGUACUUCGCAAAUGUUUCGCAGCCUGACUGGGAAGUUUGGGAACCUGAAGAAAGGCCAUUCAUUAUGAUUGUUCGUCCCGAGGAGGUCGAGACUGGCAAGAUUGUCUCUAACACGACUUUUCUUGUACCAUCAUUCGAAGCUGAGCGAGCCCGCCUGCUCAAAAUGCCAUUUGAAGAGGAGAUCUCUGUGGUGACCUACGAAGAACAUUGGAACCCUUACGCAACACUCCUCGCCUCGCCAAUAUUUGCAUCUCAUAAGAAGACAUCACCCAAAGUCAUGGUCGAUGAAGAAAUGCGAGACUUCAUCUCUCGUGGUCUCAGUGUCAAUGGCUUCGACGUUCGCGGCCUAGGUGGAGCAGUAGAGCGUGUCCGUCAAACGAAAUCUGAUGCGGAGGUUGGUAUUCUGCGAGCCGUCAAUACGGGGACUGUCGAGUCUGUUCGUGCUAUGAGAAAGUGCUUGACUCCCGGCCUCAGUGAAGAUGAAGUUAUGUGGGUCCUCGACAAUACCAUGCGUUCAGCUGGCAUGGAUCCGUUCUUCGACAUCGUCCUCUUUGAUGAGAAUGCUGCGAACCCACACGGCGGCACAGAUGGCGCUAAAGUCCUUGAAAAGGAGACUAUGGUUCUCAUUGAUGUCGGGGCUCAUCUCUACGGCUACUCCAGCGAUAUUUGCCGGAGCUUCUUCCCUCCAUUCUUCAAGAAACCUGAGACUGAAGCUGAGAUCUCUGCUCUUAGCGAGGACGUCAAAGAGAAGCUGAAAGUCUGGGAUAUUGUUCUUGAUGCCCAGACUGCCAGCAUCCACGCACUACAUGAGAAUGGUACAUGCGCCAAUGUUGAUCUGGCAGCUCGGGGAGUGAUUGAGGAUGCUGGGUACGGCGAGGCAUUUACGCACAGAGUCGGUCAUGGCAUUGGUAUCAAGGCGCAUGAAUCUCCAUACCUCAACAAGGGUAACACUCAGACGCUGUUGAAAGCAGGCAUGACAUUCACCAGCGAGCCUGGCAUCUAUAUCGUCGACAAGUUCGGCGUCCGUCAUGAAGAUAUCCUACUCAUCAAAGAGGAUGGGCUGCCGGAUAUCUUGACUGGAGUAAGAGCGAAAGGACCUUGGGAUCCGUAG